AUGCCACUCCGAAAUAAAGACUUUCAGACGAAAGAACCCUUCCGGCACGACGACAACGUGACACUCCACCACGCCGAAGGACCCUUCAGCUUCCUGAAUCCAACAAGGGCCCAUUUCCAUCACGCAGGACUCUCUCCACCCCAGGAGAGCAAUGGCGACAACACACCUCUUGGACAACCACCAAAACAAGUCAAUUCCACUGUCCCUGCCGCAUAUGUCAAGUUUCUGUGGCGAUCGCGAGACAACCGUAAGGGACGGCAUCCUCUACUCGUUCAGCCAGCGUCGCCGGGUGAAGAUGCGCCUUUUGUGACGCCAAGACGGACGUCGGAUCCCAGGGAAGUUGUGAAGAACGUGGUCAGGACGUUUACGUAUUUCCCUGUAUGGGAUAUUUCGUGGUUGGUUGGUUUUAUAUUCACUUGGGGGAGUGUAGUCUGGGUUAUCAACGGCUUCUUUGCGUGGCUUCCACUGGUAGCACCUGAGACAGAGUUUCCCGGGGAGUCGUACUACGGCGGCGGGAUAACUGCCUUCAUCGGCGCCAUUCUCUUUUUUGAAGUCGGCUCCAUCUUGCUCAUUUUCGAAGCUAUCAAUGCUAAUAAUACAGGCUGUUUUGGCUGGGCUCUCGAGCAAUUGCUCCAGAAUGGCAACGGCAAACCCAAGAUACAAGUAGUUGCGGCUCGCAGCCAUUGCCAACACCACCAUCAGAAUAAGCGCAACCUAGUGGGCAAGCCAAAAAUGCCCCCUUCCACGCUACUCUCCCAGACAUCUCAGAGUGUUGAACGCGUGAAACAUUGGCAAUGGUUUCCCUCGUGGUACGACCUGCGUACUCACUACCUCCACGAAUUGGGUUUCCUCGCCGGCUCGGCCCAGCUCUUUGGUGCCACCGUGUUCGGCAUCUCUGGCAUUACCGCACUACCAGGCAUAAUCAACCAUCUCACUCCACAGUGGCGGCUGAACGCGGCCUACUGGAUUCCACAAGUCAUUGGCGGCAGCGGGUUUGUCGUGAGUAGCACGCUGUACAUGUUGGAGACGCAGAGCAAGUGGUGGAAGCCGGCACCGCAUCUGCUGGGGUGGCAUGUUGCGUUUUGGAAUCUCAUCGGAGCGUGUGGGUUCACCUUGUGUGGUGCCUUGGGGAUGGCGCAUGGGAAUUCGGGGGCGCAGUAUCAGGCUUCGCUAGCUACAUUUUGGUAA